AUGAUACUCCGAUUCGUGAGCAGAGACGGGCGCUUUCGACUCACCGUUGAACCCACAACAACAUUCCCAGACAUAAUCUCGGACAUCGCUGAGAAGCUGCCAAAGAAUGUAGACCUUUCCAGCAUCUCCGUCAGUAACAGGCCGCAGGGUGGGGAUGCAAGGAAGUUGACCUCGCUCAAAGGCGUGACGUUCGAGCAGGUCGGCCUGACCAACGGUGCAGAGCUCUUCCUUGAUUACCAGGACCAGUCAACGAUAUCAAAUGGACACCCCGCAGCUCCUUCGGGGCCCGCUCGACUUAACGGACGCGCCGUCUCGCCUGACGCAGAACCCUCAGUACCCAUCGGUUCCCCAACACAGUUGAUCAAGAAUCCAUGGGAAACAGUAAAGCAGUCGCCACUCGACGACAAGCUGGACAAGCUCGAUGGAAAGAUACCGCGGAAGCUGGACCAGAAGAUGUGCAGACACGGUCCCAAAGGCAUGUGCGAUUACUGCAUGCCGUUGGAGCCGUAUGCACCGGAGUACCUUGGUGAUAAGAAGAUCAAGCACCUUUCGUUUCACUCAUACUUGAGAAAGAUCAACGCAGGAAAGAACAAACCCGAGAGUGGAAGCUCGUACAUGCCCCCUCUCACAGAGCCAUACUAUCGCGUGCGCCCAGACUGCCCCUCCGGACACAAGCCAUUUCCAGAAGGCAUCUGCACCAAGUGCCAACCCAGCGCCAUCUCUUUACAGCCACAGGAAUAUCGGAUGGUGGACCACGUGGAAUUUGCAUCCAUGGGUAUCGUGGAUGAUUUGAUCGGGUUCUGGCGAGCAACUGGGUGCCAACGGCUGGGCUUCCUUUACGGUCGGUACGAGCAGUACGACGAAGUACCCUUAGGCACAAAGGCUAUUGUUGAAGCUAUCUACGAACCGCCACAAGUAGGAGAGCUCGACGGAAUAUCGCUAGGAGAGUGGGAGAACGAGAAGGAAAUCGACGAGGUGGCAAAACGCUGUGGAUUGCAGAAGGUCGGUGUAAUCUACACAGAUCUUCUAGAUGCAGGAGAGGGAGACGGAUCGGUCAUCUGCAAGCGACACAUUGACUCUUACUUCCUUUCGUCGUUAGAGAUCGCAUUUGCAGCACGAUACCAGGCGAAACACCCGCGCCCAUCGAAGUGGAGUGAGACGGGUCGAUUCGGCUCGAACUUCGUCACAUGCGUUGUCAGCGGUGAUGACAAGGGUCAAAUCGGCAUCUCAGCAUACCAGGCGUCGAAUGCAGCGGUAGAGAUGGUGCGAGCAGAUAUCAUCGAGCCUUCAGCUGAACCUUCGGUCAUGCUGGUGCAGACGGAGGACGACAACGAAGCCCUUGGCCGAGCACGCUACAUCCCCGAAGUGUUCUUCCGCAAAGUCAACGAAUACGGCGCCAACGUGCAGGAGAACGCAAAGCCAGCAUUCCCCGUAGACUAUCUGUUAGUGUCAUUAACAAACGGUUUCCCCAAGGAACCAAGUCCAGCCUUCACUGGCUCGAAAUUCCCUAUCGAGAACCGAGAGGUUAUGGGGGAGACGCAGGAGUUCGGAGCAUUGGCAAAGGCGCUGAACUCCAGGGCCAAUGGUGUUGCUCUGAACACCACGAGCGGACUCAAUGCUGUUUCUAACUUCCACCUUCUCACCUUUAUCCAUAGUAUGGGUAUCCUUGGCCAGGGUGAAGAAGCACUGCUGUGCAAAGUAGCGGCUGAGCACGAUCUUUCUGAUGGAUACCAACUACAACACUCCGAAGGCUGGGCCAACCUAUUGACAAUCCUCAAGGAAACAGGUGAGCGACCCCCCAAACGUUCCUACACACCUUCAGUCCCGGGCUUUGACAAGGGGGUUGCUCAUCGUAAGGGAGAUAAAUCCUUGCGCCGAGUGCCCUCUCAUGGCUCUGACUCUGAGUCGUCACAGUUGGCUAAGAGGGUCAAGGGCGUUAGCUUGAAAGGAAGCCGUCCAAAGACCCUCUCCGAAGUCGCCGCACAAGACAACACCAUCCAAAUCCUCUCCCGCACACUGCAAUCCUCCAACCUCCCCCACAUGCUCUUUUACGGCCCGCCAGGCACGGGCAAAACCUCGACGAUCCUCGCCCUUGCAAAGCAGCUCUACGGCCCCGACCUCAUCAAGACGCGAGUCCUCGAGCUCAACGCCUCAGACGAGCGCGGCAUCUCCAUCGUGCGAGCCAAAGUCAAAGAUUUCGCGCGGCAGCAACUCUCCUCCGCACCAACGUACAACGUGAUGACGGACGACGGGACGGGCGAGGGCAAGCUGGUGCGGUACCGAGACAAGUACCCGUGCCCACCGUUCAAGAUCGUGGUGCUGGACGAGGCGGACAGCAUGACGCAGGAUGCGCAGAGCGCGCUCCGCCGCACCAUGGAGACGUACUCGAAGAUGACGAGGUUCUGCCUCGUGUGCAACUAUGUCACGCGCAUCAUCGACCCGCUGGCGAGUCGUUGCAGCAAGUUUAGGUUCAAGAGUCUGGAUCAGGCGAAUGCGGUGGGGAGGGUCAGCGAUAUUGCGAGGUUGGAGGGGGUGAAGAUGGCGGAGGGGGUUGAGGAGGAGUUGGUUAGGGUGGCGGAGGGGGAUCUGAGGAAGGCGAUUACUUUCUUGCAGUCGGCUGCGAGGCUUGCGGGCGUUGAGAAUAAGGAUGGGGCUGCGGGGAGGAGGAAACGGAAGGUUGUUGAAGAUGAAGAGGAUGAGGAUGCGAUGGAUGUGGACUCCACAGGGUCAGAUGCCAUUACGAAGACUACGAUACAAGAGAUUGCUGGCGUUAUUCCGACAGCGACGCUUGAGCAGCUCUGGACGUCGAUCUAUCCAUCAACUACCGCGAAGUCAAUUCAGUACAAAAAGAUCGCAACUGUGGUCGAGGACAUGGUCGCGGAUGGGUGGAGCGCAGUACAAACACUCGGACAGCUGUACGAUAAGGUGAUGUACGACGAGCGGGUGGGAGACGUGCAAAAGGUGCGGUGUGCAGGACUAUUCAGUGAAACGGACAAGAGGCUUGUCGAUGGAGCAGACGAGCAUCUAGCAAUAUUGGAGCUGAGCUUAGGGAUUGCAGGCGUACUGUGCCGAUAG